AUGUCAUACCGUCCUACGCCUGCCAGCUCUGUCUGGGAGCAUAUCGAUGUUGACGAUCUGAACGAUUCGCACACGGAUCCUUACCAACCCCGGGGCCAAUACGCUCGCAAGCCGUUCUCGCCGCCACCUUAUAGUGGGCGUCCCUAUGCCGGCUCGCCCAUAUACAGCCCGUAUCAACAGGCUACCGCUGAUGGCUCCAGUGUCGUUGAUUCUGGACAUGACGACACCUUUUACACCAAUAUCAUCGGAGAUGACAACCGGGAUUUCCCCGAUAAUGAUGAGAGCAAAACUGAGGAAACCGGAUUUGUUACCACUCCACUUUUCCCCGGUCCGGAACCCCAGGCUGGUAUUCAGGACGCUUUGUUGCCUCCCGUGUACCGCUACCACACUUUCCCAACGCCCACUGCGCUCCUGUCUUCACAGCAGCCGCAUCGGUAUGCUCAAACGGGAUGGCGACGUAGCCGGCUUAGUUCCAUUGCAAAGAAUACCCAGCCAUAUCAAUUCGCUGCCGGGUAUGUGGACGGCCGGGACUUGAACUCGAUGGAGAUACCCGAGUCGGACUUGGGGCAUACCGGGAAGCGAGGGUUGUUAGGGUGGAGCGUGAAGCUGGGUGUUGCUGUGGGCUGGAUGUUGUUGUUAGUGCUUGGAGCCAUGGUUGUUGCGGGUUGGGUGAUAGAGGGGAAGGAGGUUGCCUGGGGGUUUCUUGUUAAGGACGAAGGGGAGUGGGGGCCGUGUACCAAUGCUAGGCCGCGGUUUUGUCGGCUCGUUGUUGGGACGGAGGAAUAA